GCCGGUCAAAUCGCUGACGGCGGAUCUAGAGUUCCCGACGGGGCCGACGGCGAGGGUGGAGGAUCGUGCGGAUGGAGCAGGCGAGGAGAAGGAGCGGGCGAGUGUGGUGACGAUGGUGCCAACGGUGACGGCGACGGCAGCGGAGCGGCCCCCUGAGGAAGGGCUUGUCAAGGAGGACGCCGAUGAAGCUUUCUCAGCAGGUGGCGGCGGCGACAGCAUGGCAGACGUCGGUUGCACCAGGGUAACGCCUGCAGGCACUGAGGACCUAGGAAACGGCGAAAAGGCACCCAUCGGAGGAGCUACUACUAGGGCUACGUCGCCUCCACCACUGCCUCAAGCUCCCUGCACACCGGUCUCUGGCCCGCCACCACAGCAGCCACAGCAGCCACAGCAUCCAUUGGGCAUCCUUCGUGACGCUUCAUGGCUCUAUUGCGAGGCGCCGGAAUCGCCUUUCGUCGCCGCCGCGUCCGCCGCCAGCGGUUCCGCGGCGGCGCCACUCAACGUAUUGCUUUCGCCGCCGCCGCUGGGUCGAGCCCCAUCGGCAGUUCUGAGGGGCACGCUCGUCGGCCGACCAGUGCCCGCCGCGGCGGCGCCGACGGCGGCGACGGCGGCUGCUGCCGUACAGAAGGCGCUGCCGCUAGCGACGACGAUGGCGGCGGUGGCGGGAGCUGGCGGCGUAACGCCGAGUAGCGUCCUGUCGUACAAGGCCCUGACGACGACACGGUUUGUAAGUUACAAGGUUCACAACCAUAACGGUCAACCGUUCGCUACGGCGGCGGCGAACGUUGCGAAUGCCUUUAACGCGUUGCUGGCGGCGCCGGCCGGCAGUACGGAAGCUACCGCCUCCCCUGGCGCUGCCGUACAGGCCCCGCUUGCCGGUGGCCGGCUUCCUGAGCCACCGUCGGCUGGUGGCGUUUCAACUGUGGCGGUUAGUCCUAACGGCGCCUCCGCAGCCACCGGCGUCAGCAAUGGAGUUCAGCAGCAGCCGUCGCCAGCACCGUCGCUUCCCGUGCCGUACAUCACUUCCCUGCCGUACAUGUCCCUGGCACGCAGUGUGGUUGUGGAGGGCUGCGUACACUUGCUGAGCGUGGUCAGCAGCAUCCAGGGCUGCGACCCACGGGUCACUCCUCCUUCAGCGGCCGAUCCCUUCGACUCCAAUCGCCCCUGCCCCCGCCGCCACAGCCCCAUUGCAACAACUGCGGCUUCCGGAUCCCGGGAAGCUCUGCUGCCGCUGACGCCGCCGCCGCCACCGUCACCGUCACCGCCGCCUCAGCUCCUUUUCCAUGCGGAGGUCGAUGACAUGGACGCCCUGGCCUCAUCGCUACCUGACCUCAUCCACACUUGGACUCGCCAGGAGCGGGAACACCGACGCCACCUCGGCCACCAGCAGCACUCCCGGCAUCGCGGCCAGCACAGCCCGAGGCAUCAACCCGACCCUGCCGCUGUACGACGAAGGUCCUUAGAGUACGGAUCCGGGCUGUCGUCAGCCACGCCACCGGAUGCCGCUACUACUGGUGCUGCUGCUGCACCUCGGAGCGCAGGAGCAGCAGCCGCAGAAGGGGAGGGCGGCGCCUGGCUGAGCCCUGUGGCUGUGUCCUGCAGGACCCCCGAGGGUGCUGGGGUACGUGCUGGAAGUGGAGAUGGAAGAAGCAGCAAGGAAACAUCGGUUGAAGCAGCAGCUGCAGAGAAUGGCUAUGUGGAGGUCCAAGUGGCCAUCUUGCCGGAGCUUGUACAACGGCAGCAGCAGCAGCUACAGGGGCGCCCAUUGUACGGCACACCGCCGGACCCGCAAGAGGGUGCCGUACGGCAUGAUCUCUCUCCCGCUGUCGUACGGAUUGUAGCCGUUGGCACGUGCGGCGGAGUUGUGCUGGACGAGCUGGUGGAGGUGCCGUACAGCUCGCCGCCGCCAUUUGGUGACUUCGGUAGCGUUAACGCCGACAGUGGUGACUGUGGUGACAGUGGUGACAGUGGUGACUGUGGCGGGAUUGGCGGUGGCAGCUUUGCAAGCGAGGGUGAUGGCGGCGAUCCAGACGUCCCGAUCUGCUUUGGUUGCGGUAACAGCAGCAGCUGGUUCAUCUUCCAGAUCCGUCUGCCUCGCCCAGUCCACCCGGGCGUCGUGUACCUUCACCUCCUGCCCUCGCCGGGCGCCGACAACACCGCCACCGCUCCUGUCUCCGCCGCCACCGCUGCUUCUUCCUGCGGCCGUGACAACGUCUCCCACCACGCCCACAGCGCCGUCCACCGCCCGCUGGCGACGCUGCCGCUGCUGGUGCUGCCGUCGACGGCGGCAGCCGAAGAGAUUUGCGGCCUGUACGACAACAUGACGUCAGAGCUACAGCGCCUUUGGUUGCUAAUGCGUACGAAUGACGGCGGCAGCGACGAAGACGGCGACAGUGCUCUUCCGUCGUACGGCGACGCAGGUACGGCCCGCGCCGUCGCCUUCCAAGACCACUUCCUGCCAUUCGCAAACGACGCCGCCCACCUCAUCACCAGCUGCCAUGCUCUCGUACAAGGGCGCAGCGCGGCCACGGUAACAUACUCUGGCAGUAGCGCUGGCGGCGGCGGAGGAGGCAUGUACGGCAAUGGUCG